CGAGUGCACUGAUUCUUUGGCCUUGUAAGUUCAAUGGAGUUUUUCUUGUGCUUUGUAAUUUCAACAAUUAUAAGCCAAACUCUGGCUUUGGAGGCUCCUUCUGGAUCGAAAUUGGAACUGCUCAGUCAAGAGUUGUUGGAAUCUGCAAAACAGCCUGAAUUUUUUGAGUGGAUGAUAGGGAUUAGAAGGAAGAUCCACGAACACCCAGAGCUGGGAUUUGAAGAAUACAAGACCAGCGAACUCAUCAGGAACGAGUUGGACUCACUUGGGGUCAGCUAUAAAUGGCCUGUUGCUAAGACUGGCGUGGUAGCCUAUAUUGGGACUGCUUCAGAACCGGUCUUCGUUCUCCGAGCAGACAUGGAUGCCCUUCCUUUGCAGGAAUUAGUGGAGUGGAAGCACAAGAGCAAAGUGGAAGGGAAGAUGCACGCUUGCGGCCAUGAUUCCCAUGUAGCAAUGCUACUUGGAGCAGCCAAGUUACUUCAGAGCAAAAGAAAUUUAUUGAAGGGAAUGGUGAAAUUAGUUUUUCAACCUGGUGAAGAGGGUUAUUCUGGUGCUUACCAUAUGCUUCAAGACGGUGUACUUGAUGAUAUCAGUGCAAUCCUCAGUAUACAUGUUUUGCCACAAGUACCUACAGGUGCUAUUGCAUCAAGGCCAGGUCCGAUACUUGCCGGUGUCGGACUGUUUUUGGCUACGAUUCAGGGAAGAGGAGCACAUGCAUCAAGCCCCCAUCUAGCCAAAGACCCUAUUGUUGCAGCUUGCUCAGCCGUCCUUGCUCUACAACAGAUUGUAUCGAGAGAGACGGAUCCACUUGAGGCCAUGUUGGUAACAGUUGGUUCAAUUGAGGGAGGUCGAGCUGGAAAUAUAAUCCCUGAAUCUGUGACAUUUACUGGGACAUUUAGGAGCUUGUCCAUGGAAGGUCUUUUGUACCUGCAAAAAAGAAUAAAAGAGAUCAUAGAAAUGCAAGCAGCCGUGCAUCAAUGCAGUGCGACGGUGAACUUUAUGGAAGACAAACAUAUGCCUCAUCCAGUAAUGGCCAACGAUGAAGCACUGUAUGAACAUGCCAAGAAAGUAGGUAACAGUCUGGUUGGAGAAAACAAUGUUCAUCUAAUCCCCAUCACCAUGGGAGCAGAAGACUUCAGUUUCUUUGCACAGAAGACCGCAGCUGCUAUUUAUGUGAUUGGGAUAAAGAAUGAGACCCUGAAAUCUGAUCGGCCAUUACACUCACCUUACUUUUUUAUUGACGAAGAGGCUCUUCCGAUUGGCACAGCUCUCAAUGCUGCUGUUGCAAUUUCAUACCUGGACACCCAUGUUGCAACUAAUUGAUAGCUUUGACAUCAAUGUAAGUGUUGCAAUGUACAAAUAAGCAGACUCAACAUUUGCAUCACAAUGCAGAUUAAAGGAAAAUGGCAAGUUGUCCAUUUAUCAAUA